AUGGUUGAAGAUUCCAAGGUCAGAGAUGCUCUCAAAACGGGAGAGAAGAAGUCACUGCCAGCUUCUUUGGUUCCCCAGGCUCCAAUGGUGCUCACAUCUAGGGACAAAGUCACGCAACGUAUGAUCGUCGUACUAUCCAUGGCAUCCCUGGAAACACACAAAAUAUCUUCUUCAGGCCCAGGAGGUGACAAGUAUGCUCUUCUGAAUUGUGACGACCAUCAGGGUCUCCUAAAGAAAAUGGGCCGAGACAUCAGUGAGGCAAGACCAGAUAUCACUCACCAGUGCUUACUGACCUUGUUGGACUCGCCUAUCAACAAGGCCGGAAAGCUGCAAGUAUACAUACAGACCAGUCGCGGUGUUCUCGUAGAAGUAAAUCCUACAGUGCGUAUCCCAAGAACAUUCAAAAGAUUUUCUGGUCUCAUGGUUCAACUGCUUCACAAACUCUCUAUUCGCUCAGUCAACUCUGAGGAGAAACUUCUGAAGGUCAUCAAGAACCCAAUUACUGACCACUUGCCUACUAAGUGUCGCAAGGUGACUCUUUCUUUCGAUGCCCCAGUUAUUCGCGUGCAGGACUUCAUCGAAAAGCUCGACAAAGACGAGAGCAUAUGCGUUUUCGUGGGUGCCAUGGCAAGAGGAAAGGACAAUUUCGCCGAUGAGUUUGUUGACGAGAAAAUUGGUCUCUCCAACUAUCCCCUUUCCGCGUCUGUGGCCUGCUCCAAGUUUUGUCACGGAGCUGAAGAUGCAUGGGGAAUUCUGUAA